AUGAAAACCGUUAACAAUGCUGUUGGCCGACCUCUCCCUGAAGCCAAGGCCUCGAAGCUGCCCAGGCACUCCAAGGAGAACCCGGACGUCAGGCACACGUUCGACCGGAAAGGAGACUGGAGCCUCAUGGACGCGGCGAGGUGGCACGAUUCCAUGUACUAUGAGGGGAGCUACUUCUGGCAGCUAUUCCACGACACGCAGGUCUACACACGUCGUGCCACCUCCAUCUAUUGCGGCCCCCCGGCCAGGAGUUUCUCCGUCGAGGUUGGUUGCGGGACGGGCGAUGUCAUCCUUAGCCUGGCGUCCGACUUCAAGCACAGCCUGGGAAUCGACAUCAACGACGGCUUCUUGGCGUACGCUCAGGAGCAGACCCCAAAGGAGCUCAAGGAUAAGAUAUCGUUCUGCAAGGGGAGCGCGACCGACCUCAUCGACAUCGUUAGCGCCCAUCCUUCCAUAGACAACACAUCCGCGCCCACCGUGGUGACGUGCGUCAACAACACCAUAGGGAUCUUCCCGGAUGCGAUCAAAUCCCGCACGUACUCACAGAUGAAGGAGCUUGCUGGAGAGAACGGCAUCAUCAUCGUCGGGUUCUGGAACGGAAACAAGUUCGGAGAAGCCCUGCAGUACUUUUACUACAAACACCCGGAGCUGUGCGGCUCGCUGAAGGGGGCCGUGAUUGACAUGGAGGACCGCCACCUCGACACGGCGGAGGGCUACCACACGCACUGGACCACCCCUGAAGAGGCUCGCAGGGUCCUGGAGGAGAGCGGUUUCAACGUCCUGGACAUCACGGAGAUCGGGGUGGGCGUGCUGUGCACCUGCUCCGGCGGCGCGUCCACCCCGAGCCCCAGGGGCGGCGGCGGCGUGGCGACGGCGGCGACUUUCUUGCCCCACCCAGACACGCUCUCGGAGGACACCCUAAUCGCGGAGGAGGAAGCGCACUCCUUGAACCACUACGGCGACAGCUUCACGCAGUACUUCUACCGCGAGCUCUGGGGCGGGCUCCACCAGCACCUGGGCUUGUACGAGGACCCCGCGACGAUCGCCCUGCCCGCCAACAAGAGGGUGGUGGAGGCGUGCGAAAACAGCACCGUCGUCCUCUUCUCCAUCGCCAAGCCCACCAUGGGCACCAAGGCCGUCGAGCUCGGCUCCGGGUACGGCUCGGGCUCGCGAUACCUCGCGGUCAACUUCGGGGCGACGGUGGACUGCGUCGACCUCAACCGCGAGUCCAACGACCUCAACCGCCGCCUCACGGAACAGGCCGGCCUGUCCGACCUGGUCAGGGUCGGGGAGCCGGCCACCUUCUUCAGCACCGGCUUGCCGGCGGCGUCGUUCGGCUUCUGCUUCUCGCAGGACGCGCUGUGCCACGCGGGGAGGCAGACGCCGAAGGCGCUCGAGGAGGCGGCUCGGCUGCUGGCCCCCGGGGGCGUUUUCGCCUGCACCAACAUCCUCAGGGCGGAGGAGGCUACGAACGAGGAGCUGGAGGAGGUGCUCGCGCGUCUGCAGGUGACCUCCCUGGAGACGCACAAGUCUUUCGUGGGGCACGCGCGCUCGGCCGGGCUGGAGCCGCUCGAGUCGCUCGACAAGACCACGUCCCUGGCCGUGCAUUUCAAGACUCUCCUCGAGGUUGCGGAAACGCGCAAGGCCGACAUGCUGAAGCACACCUCUCCGGAGUACGUGGACGAGCUGUCGAAGGACCUUCGCAACUGGCUCUCAGCCUCGAACAGGGGUGUGCUCAGGUGGUCCUUCUUCACCUUCCGCAAGAGCGCCACCCAGAAGUGAUGCAAGCCAAUCUGUCUGAUGCUACCAACUUGACGCUUCGCGCUUGAGGGCUUCGCAGCCCUGUUGCAUGCACACACGUGAAAGGAGCAUGCGGGUAAUGUGCAGCUUUUCAACGUGCAGCUUUUCACAGGAACAAGCGUUGCGUGGGCACCGCCUCUGGUCUGGGCUUGCAGUAGUUUUGGCUUGGCUGGGCCGGAGUGCUCGCGCAGGCGACUAAAAUUACUGUGCUACAGCCGGGGAGCGGAAGAGGUAGUCGGCGCGAAAAUUUUUGCUGGGAGAAGGUAUUUUGUUUGUUGGAACUCGGUCACUUUGACAACAGCAGCAGAUUGGGCGGACAUGAGAGCACCUCUAUUUUUUAUAGAUAGCGAGAAAAAAUUGCGAGUGAAGCCCGUGUCCCUGUCUGGUCCUCGGGGGUCAAUUUUGCAGAGGGAGGGGUCCUGGCGACUCGGUUGGAAAACUAAACUUUUACAAAAUAGCGGAUGAUUUUUUGCGAGGAUUUAAGAUCCAUCCUGUUUUGCGAAAAAUGUUGCUUGCAUGCGUGUGCGUGUACUGCUACGGGGAGGGGCGUCUCGUGCGAAUCACGCGUCGGCUAACUGCUCUGUACCGUAGAAUGGAGUGGAGAAUCAUACAUGAGUCACUGCUUUGUGAAGUUUUGAUGCGUGACCUUGGCGGCGUUUUGGCCUCUGGUGGUAGAGCCCGCGUUCUCCCUUUGACGACCGGCAGGUGUUGCUGCGGUUGCGGGUAGUUGUGGUUGAAUACAGGAGUUUCGGGGGCGGGGGGAUUGGGAAAGGGAGAGAGAAUUGAGACUUGUGGAAUAGAGAACACUAGAGAGGGAAAACAAGAGGAGGGGCAGAGCCCGUGAUAGUGUUGAGCCAGGUUGUUCGUGAAAGUCUGUCCUUUUGUAAUGGUAAACGCCGCAUGUUCUAGUUUUUGUUUAUUCCUACAUAGGAGCGGACGGGGCGCUGUGGUUUUGAGCGAGAGACACGAAAGAGUCGGGGCGAUUGUGUUGGACUGGUUUAUGACAAGCAUUGCCACUGUCGGGAAGCUUGCGGGGAUUGUUCAAGAGAACAGAAGGCAGGAGGGAAACUGGUUGGUGUAGAUGUUGGGGUCCAUGAACAAGCCGUGUUAUAUGUUACACACGAGGACGAGCUCUCUUUCAUCAGAUGGGGGAAUGUCGGGGGUGUAUUGUUUACGGGACAAAAAGCAGGACUUGGCUCGCGGAGUUGAAAUGCACGGCUGUGACUGUCGGGAAGCGUGAGGUAGCGUGAUCAAUAGAGAAGGAGGCCGUAGGGAGUUCGGCGCUUGUAGGUGAUUGGUGUACAUGUAUGUUUGAGUCUCUUGAACAACCUAUGUUGUACGAACAGACAUUUUUGCUGGUGAUGAUCCGGUGUUUGUGGGUGCGUGAU